AUGAGUUUAGAAUUUCGUUGGUAUCCUUGGCGACCAGGAAGCAGACUAUUCCUGUUGGUCGCUCAAUCUUUGCAACAUGCUUCUCAACUUCCUGGAUUUUCACUUGAAGUUACUGAUGCUUUGGAUGAUUUCCAGAAUCUCAACCUUACCCCUCGUCCUCAAAGGUCUCUUUACAUAGAAAAGCAAGAAUCUGAUACUUUGCCUAGUUUUCAAAGGUUAGGAAUUGGAUUACCUGACUUGAAGUGCAAGAAAAAGGGAAAGCAAAAGGUUUCAAGGGAGUCUCAUAUUGCAGAAGCUCUUCAUAAACUGAGAGAACAGACCAGAGAAGCUGUAAAAGGAUUGGCACCAAUGUCGAAACUUGGCGGAUAUGAUCUCAGUAAGGAUGCAAUGAUGGAGGAUUGGUUCAAGCAGUUUGAGGAGCUUGCCGGGUCUCAGGACAUGGAAUCGAUUGUAGAGACUGUGAUGCAAAAACUUUUUUCCAAAGAGAUUCUUCAUGGACCGAUGAAGGAAAUCGAAGAAAGAUACCCACAGUGGUUAGAUGAGCACAAAACCAGUUUGAGCAAAGAAGAACACGAACGAUACUCCCUCCAAUACGAGCUGAUAAAGGAACUUAAUGGAGUUUAUGAAAAUGAUCCUCGUAACUUCACCUGGAUCGUUGACCUCAUGCAGAAAAUGCAAGAAUGUGGCCAGCCACCAAAUGAUAUCCUGCAAGAUCUUGCUCCUGAAUUCGGUUUAUGGAAUCUUGACUAGCUAUCCCCAGAGAUGGUGGAUUCACAGCAGAAACGUUGAGGCAAUUUCCUAAUGCAGAUUAUGUGUGCUUUAUAUUUCCAUAGAUUGAGGGAAUAAAAGAAAUGUAGAUUUCCUUUUUAACUUCCAAGUAAUUUGAUCCUUGUAAACUCAAUGUUCAAGCAUAGUUUUUUUUUU